CGCGGAAGAAGGAAAGCGACUCUCCGUCACUGAGGUGUAAUUUCGGCGUCACCGCGUCGCAAGGUGCACCCUUUAGUGUCACUCCAAUGCCGCUGUAAGACCCCUGACGUCUUCAUGCUAGUGCUGCUUCAUUUGAAACGCAAAGCGGACAAAUAUCCCCCCGGUUCUCCUCUGACGGGCCUCGUAAAGACUCGAGCAGGGCGCUGAAGGUAAUAGUCCCUCACUGCCUCAGCUUCUCCAUGGGUGAAUCGGGCUCACGCCGUUCCACACUUGUUUCACGCCUGCCAAUCUUCCGCCGCAGCGCUAGCAAGCGGCAGGAGUCCCUCCCCUCCUCGCCAUCCUCGGGGGGAGUGGGAAACGGCGUUCACACCUCCUCACCCUCCAGCACCAACUCCAGCUCGGGCAGCACCGGCAAACGGCGGAGCCUGUUUCGCACGCCAUCUCUCAGUUUCACGGCUAAGAGGAACAGCGAUCCACGUGUUCAGCCCAUCAACCUGAAUCUCACGCCCCCCCUGUCGCAGACCACUGAUGCAAACGGAAACAACCAACAGACGGUAACUUUGUCGGCGUCUGCAGGAUUCGGCGAGGGUGGCAGGCGUUCCAAGUCGCGCCACUCAUUUGGGUUUGGGAGCCACAAGCAAAAGAAAAUCCCACGCUCACAGACUGAGGACUUUGACAAGGCCUCCUCAUCCUCGUCGGCAGCCAAUCGAAAUGUGUUCAUCAACUGCAUCAGCAGCUCCGGAGCCAAUGAAGGUGACGACUCGGGGUUCCUCGACGACUUCAGUGGGGCCAGUAAUAACAAGAAACGCUCUUCGAGGCAGAAGAAGCAGCUACUGCCAAAAUCAUUCUCAGCCCAUCACCGUUUCUCUCGCACGUCCGACCACCACAGGCCUCCAGAAGUCAAUCUGGAACCUCCUAGCUCUGCCACCGUCCCUCCUGGGCCUGAGGGCCUCACUCCUGGGUCAUGUCCUGGAGAACUAAUGGGAGGAGGGGGUGAGAGCUCGCUUCAGUCCCCCAUGAUUUCAGAAGAUCGAACCACAGCCAUCACUCCCUCAGAGUUCAUUCCCAUAACAGAAGACUCUGUUUCGGAGGUGGACGCACUCCUGGCUCCCAGUCCAGGAUCCGGUUUGAACUCAGGGCCUGUCUGUGUGUCAGAGUCGCCUGCUGAUGCUGCUGCACCUGAUCCCCCAAUUGCACCUGAGAACCUCAGCGUGGCAGUCUCCACCUCUCAGGUUUUCUUCACCCCAGUCCAGUCCAGUGCUGAGAAACCCUUGCUCCCUGACACCAGCACAGCCAACAACACAGACUAUGAAACGGCUGUCUCCCUGUCCGAGCCAGAGACAGCUGUACCCUGCCCACCUCUGCGGGAACAAUCACUGGAAGAGAGGAAAGAGAGGGAAGAGGAAAGACAGGAGGCAAUGAAAGACGGUUCAGUAGAGGAGACGAAGGAGUUGGUGCAAGAGAGAAAGGCAGGCUACCACACCGAGACCACAAGUGAGAGCGAGGUGUGUGGGGCGCGCAGCGAGGGCUGUCACUCAAACCCCGAGAAAACACAUAGGAGGGCGAGACACACUCUCUCUCUUCAAGAAAGAGGAAGCUUCUGCGGCUGCCACGAACCCAGGUCCUCUCAUUUGAGGAAACCACAUGCAGCUUCUGUGUGCAGCGGUGCCAGCCCUUACCACGAGGUGAUGCGGAUGGAAAGGCGACUGCGCUCCUCAUCUGAGGGGGCCGGUGGGCCUCGUGUCCAUGGAAACUACAGAGAUGCCCCAGGCAUGGAGGGAAAUGGUCUGCUCAAGCACAGAAACAACUCCUCGUCGUCUAAACUUGGAAGUUUGGAUGUGCUGAACAACCUGGGCUCCUCAGAACUGGAUGAAGAUGACCUCAUGUUAGACCUGGACCUCUCAGACGAUCAGCGACAUCGACAUGUGUCCAGAGAAGACUCGAGCCAGUCCCUAACAUCCUGCCUCAACCUGCUUCCUUCUCUCUUGGAUCCACCCGGAGAUCGCUUGGCAGGGAAAGAAAACGUUCAGAGGGAACUCAGUCGACCAACCAGUCUGCUGCCCACUGAAUGUAGCAUGGGGCCUGGUUUAGGGAAGGAUGACGACCCUCUACCACCGGGGCUGGAGAGCCUUCCGCUCAGAAUGAUGCAGCAGGAAUGCACAGCGGUCAAAACCCUGCUUUUAAGACUGAGAAGAACAUUGCAGGAGAGCACAGAGACGAGUCCAGCCAGCAGCCUUCAGUCCCUACCCAUCAGUCCUUGCAGUGAGAAGUCUCUUCCAUUAAAGGAUCUGAACAGAGAGGAAACCCUGCUGCAGCAGCUGAGAGAAAAAGAUGAGCUGAUUCUCAGACUCCAGAGUGAACUGGAGAGCGCCAGAGCAGCCCUGAAGAUGAAAGACUGCCAAAUGACUGAUCGCACAACGCAGACAGAACACACAGGGGCAGAGAUCAGCCUUCCAGGCCGGUGGUCCGGACUCGGCAACAGCAACAUCAGCCUCGCUCCAAGGGAGCGAAGGGUGGUGCGGGGAGCGUCAGUGGCACAAGGAGGGGACCACUAUAACCAACACCACCCCUACCACUGUCGGCCCACUGCUGCUGCGGAGCGCCACGCUGCCAGGGAGGAGCGCCACCACCAGGGAGCUGGGAACACUUCUGGCAAUCUGGCUUCUGGCUCCUCUGACCCGUCCUCCGUCCAGAUCUCAUCCACCGCACCAGCCCAGACCAGUACAUAUCAGCCCCCGUGUCCCACCUCAGCUUCACCUCCUUUAUCCAAGCAGCCUGAGAGGGUGUCCUCCUCCUCUGAGUCCUUAACUCCAGGAGGAGGAGGAGGAAGUGGAGCGAGUCUGUCCGGUGGGGUGAAGAGAGGAGGCGGGGAUCACCAUCCACCAAGCCUAAUCCCUCGUGCAGUCGGGGCCAGCGCUUCUUCGAGCCUCCACAGCCUCGCAAGCAGAGGGAGCUCCACACAAAAUAUCUCGUCAUCAGACCGGGCCUCGCCAACACCUCCCACACCUUCGUCAGCUUCCUCCUCUUCCUCCUCCUCCUCCGCGUUCACCGGCCGAUUAGGACAACCACCUCGCGGCCCUCUGUCUCUGCAUAGCUAUAGCCGGAAAAACGUCUUCCUCCAGCAUUCCCUGCACACGGCCGAACUGCAAGCCCUCACACAGAGAGACAGUUGAGGAUGCCAAAAAAAAAAACAACCAGCCAUAAGCAGCCAUAUCAUCAGCUUAAGUUAUCAUAAGGGUUCAUAUUUAGGAGAAAACAUUUCUGCUGCUUGCGUUAUAGUCGCGCCAAAGUCACCCUUAAAAAAAUAAAAAAAUAAAUAAAAAUCCCUCCUCCCAUUGCGCUUACAAUCACUUUGCAAUCCAGACCAGCCCUUGAUUCACUUGUUUAGAAAUCUGCUUGAUUUUACACAUGCUCACACACACAUCAGGCGGUGAGAUUGAAAAAAGGCACUCACCCGUCUAUCAUCGCUCCCACGUCGUGUCAUGCUGACAGUUCAGAUGAGCUUACGCCCACAGACACACAAACUCCACACAAACACAGUCACCCACACUCAAACUCACACUUUGACACAAAGACAUCGCCUGUGAUAUCUCUGCUCGGCCAUCUGCACCAAGCAGCACGGCGGUGAAGCUGAAUGAAAAGACGAAGUUGUCUGCAUUGUUGAAGCUCAGUUCUUU